CGGCGGGCGGGGCCGGGCUGCAGGGAGCGGCGGGCUGGGGCGGGCUCGGGGCGGGCUCCGCGCUCCGUCCGCCCCCUCGCGCCCGCGCCGCGCUCGCUCAGCUCCCGCCCGCCUGUGCCGCCUGUGCGGCCGCCGCGAGCCAAGUUUGCGCGGACCCCGUCCCGAGCCCGCCGCGGCCAUGGACGCGCCCGCCCGGCUGCUGGCCCCGCUCCUGCUCCUCUGCGCGCAGCAGCUCCGCGGCACCAGAGCGAUGAAUGACAUCGGUGACUACGUGGGCUCCAACCUGGAGAUCUCCUGGCUCCCCAACCUGGAUGGGCUGAUAGCCGGCUACGCCCGCAACUUCCGGCCUGGCAUCGGAGGCCCCCCCGUGAAUGUGGCCCUUGCCCUGGAGGUGGCCAGCAUCGACCACAUCUCAGAGGCCAACAUGGAGUACACCAUGACGGUGUUCCUGCACCAGAGCUGGCGGGACAGCAGGCUCUCCUACAACCACACCAACGAGACCCUGGGCCUGGACAGCCGCUUCGUGGACAAGCUGUGGCUGCCCGACACCUUCAUCGUGAACGCCAAGUCGGCCUGGUUCCACGACGUGACGGUGGAGAACAAGCUCAUCCGGCUGCAGCCCGACGGCGUGAUCCUGUACAGCAUCCGAAUCACCUCCACUGUGGCCUGUGACAUGGACCUGGCCAAAUACCCCAUGGACGAGCAGGAGUGCAUGCUGGACCUGGAGAGCUACGGUUACUCAUCGGAGGACAUCGUCUACUACUGGUCGGAGAGCCAGGAGCACAUCCACGGGCUGGACAAGCUGCAGCUGGCGCAGUUCACCAUCACCAGCUACCGCUUCACCACGGAGCUCAUGAACUUCAAGUCUGCUGGCCAGUUCCCACGGCUCAGCCUGCACUUCCACCUGCGGAGGAACCGCGGCGUGUACAUCAUCCAGUCCUACAUGCCCUCCGUCCUGCUGGUUGCCAUGUCCUGGGUCUCCUUCUGGAUCAGCCAGGCGGCGGUGCCCGCCAGGGUGUCUCUAGGCAUCACCACGGUGCUGACGAUGACCACGCUCAUGGUCAGUGCCCGCUCCUCCCUGCCGCGGGCAUCAGCCAUCAAGGCACUGGACGUCUACUUCUGGAUCUGCUAUGUCUUCGUGUUUGCCGCCCUGGUGGAGUACGCCUUUGCGCAUUUCAACGCCGACUACAGGAAGAAGCAGAAGGCCAAGGUCAAGGUCUCCAGGCCGAGGGCAGAGAUGGACGUGAGGAACGCCAUCGUCCUCUUCUCCCUCUCUGCUGCCGGCGUCACGCAGGAGCUGGCCAUCUCCCGCCGGCAGCGCCGCGUCCCGGGGAACCUGAUGGGCUCCUACAGGUCAGUGGGGGUGGAGACAGGGGAGACGAAGAAGGAGGGGGCAGCCCGCUCAGGAGGCCAGGGGGGCAUCCGUGCCAGGCUCAGGCCCAUCGACGCAGACACCAUUGACAUUUACGCCCGCGCUGUGUUCCCUGCGGCGUUUGCGGCCGUCAAUGUCAUCUACUGGGCGGCGUACGCCAUGUGAGUACAGGACUCAGGCCACCCUCGCUUGUCCUGGCGCCCGGCGGCGGCUGCCCAGAAACUUCCUGGGAGAAAGAGCCCUCGGGCUGCCUUCCCCUCUGCGUGUUUCGAAGCGGGAUGACAGUCGGCCACAGAAAACAAGAGGAAGCCUCGGCCUCCCUGAGCUCUGACCCCAGCCUCACCCGAAAGGCCAGCCUGGGGCUCUCCGGCAGGCAGCGUGAGACCUGCACAGAUGAAGGAGCAGAGGGUCUGACCGAGAGGCUGAGCCAGGCCGGGGUCUGGGCCCUUCAGAGAGCCGCGGAGUUUUAGGUUCAGAAAGUGAUCCUGGUUUCUAGGUCUUUGCUCUGCAGGAUCGGGAUCAGAGCGUGGGAGGAGGUGGGAGUGGACGUCCAUCCGGUGAAGAGUGAAGGCGUUUGUGAGGUCUUUCUGGUCCCAGCAUGAAAUAAAGCCUUGGCCUGGGGGCUGCUUCAUUCUC